AUGGCCAUGAAGAUGAGUGGGGAAAACCAUGGCAGUUUUCAGGUGUUAAAAGAAUAUAUUUCAGAUUUUGAUUCUCUGGAAAUAAGGAAGAGGAAAACUGUCCCAAUUUAUCGCUAUCUUCGAGGGAGAUGUGCCCGGCGGAACAGGGGCUACAGCGAUGAGAUCUCACACCACAGAGGAAUAUGCAGCAGCAGCGGGGGCUUCUCAAACCUCCAGGGACAUGGCUCCUUCUUCUGUGGUGGGGAAGGCUCGGUCAUCUACAGCCGGGGACCGUCAUCCUUCCAGCCCAUGCCAACAUCAUCCCCCUACAGCGUUUCAGGGGAGUACAGAUGUGGCAGUGAUGGAUCUAUUGUAAUAGCCAGUGGUGACAACGGGGGGAUAUCUGGCUGGGGCACUGCAGGGGGGGCAGUCCCAGUCUAUGGCACGGGGGGGGGAAUAGGGUGUAGCAGCGAGGACUCGGGCUGGAACAUCACUGGCAGCUCAGGGGAUGGUGGAGGACCCAGCUGCCACAGUGGGAGAUUGGGCAUCGCUGCUGGAGGAGGAUACGGGUACGGGUACGAUGCACCGCCAAGAGAAAGGGCCUUAGCAAGAGGAGGGGUCAGUGGCGGAUCAGGGUGCUACAGCGGAGGACCAAGCUAUGGCAUCGGGGGAUACUCAAGCCCAGAGUUCAGCUCUGGAGGCAAGGGGUCCUCCCCGGCCAUGCAGCAGAAAUGCCCCGUGGUCAUUCCCAACAUCGAGGACCACCAGAGUAAGAAAAGCAGCCAGUGGCCUCCCAUCCAGAAGAAGUGA